AUGGACCCCGGUGAACAACCACACUGUUUGCAAAUACUAACUCAAGUUGAGGAGAUGUUGAUAGCAAGGGUUAGUCCUGUCCUUCAGGUUACUUAUGCAAGAGGGGGGCAACUCAAAUAUAGUGGACACACUAUUUCUUUUCCUCAAGAUAUUUCAGCAAUUGUAUCUCAUUUGCCUAGACAUGUAGAUGGAUUGGACAUAAUAAUAGUUAACAGGGAAACCAGUAUGCAACAACAAUACAACUUCUAUGUAAGUAAAGGACGUGUUUAUGAUGCAUUGCAAUAUAAGAUAUCAUAUGACCAAUACUACAAAGAUGUACAAGUAGAUAUCACAGCAUUAAUAUCCUUACCCCUUAACCCCACAGACAUAUCUAGCCUUCUACAUGCAGCAACUUCAAAUCCAGAUCCCAUUGAUAUGAGCUUCAUGCAAGAAAAAAGUACAGAAGAUGAUCCAUUUGAAGAUAAUUUGGAGACAACUACUUCAUUUGUGGCUAACCUUCCACCAUCAUGCAGAGAGGUCAAAGAAGUACACUCCUUACUACAACUAGGAAAAGGAAGACCACCUCUUAUAAUCCAAUGGCCACCCAUCUCCCCAUUUCCCAUUAAUGAAUACAACACUGAAGGAUUAUUUGUGAUGUCAUUCCCCACUUUGUUCCCAAAGGGUACAACUGCAUUCAAACAAUCAUGUCCCAAAGAUGUUAAGCUACAUGAGUAUGCUCUCCAUCUCCUGCGAUACCAUGAUAACAGGUUUGGACAACACCCACGAUUUAGGUACUUUAUAUUGAAUAUAAUUAUGCAGCAUCAAAGUCAAGCCACAUCAUCUAUUUUUGUUCAAAAGCAAAUCCAUGAUGAACUACCUGCAACAAUUGGUGCCCUUCGUCAAAGAUUAAAGGACUUGCCUGAUGACAAGCUUGUUGAUCAACUUAUGCAUUUUAGCUCAUCAAUUCGUGGUACAAAACCAUUCUAG